GAGGAGGAGGAGAUGGCGGCGAACCUCGAGGACGUGCCGUCGGUGGAGCUCAUGACCGAGCUGCUCCGCCGCGCCAAGUGCAGCUCCAAGCCCGACAAGCGCAUCAUCCUCGUCGGUCCACCUGGCUCUGGGAAGGGAACACAGUCGCCCCUUAUUAAGGAUGAAUACUGCUUGUGCCAUUUAGCCACUGGUGAUAUGCUGAGGGCUGCUGUCGCUGCUAAGACUCCUCUGGGGAUCAAGGCUAAAGAAGCCAUGGACAAGGGAGAGCUUGUUUCAGAUGACUUGGUUGUUGGGAUUAUUGAUGAAGCCAUGAAGAAACCUUCAUGCCAGAAAGGUUUUAUCCUUGAUGGCUUCCCUAGGACUGUUGUUCAAGCACAAAAGCUCGAUGAAAUGCUGGCAAAGCAAGGUGCUAAGGUUGACAAGGUUCUGAACUUUGCGAUCGAUGAUGCAAUAUUGGAAGAACGAAUUACUGGCCGUUGGAUACACCCAUCAAGUGGUAGAUCUUACCAUACAAAAUUUGCUCCUCCUAAGACACCUGGAGUUGAUGAUGUUACCGGGGAGCCCUUAAUUCAAAGGAAAGAUGACACAGCUGCUGUCUUGAAGUCAAGGCUUGAAGCUUUCCAUAUACAAACUGAACCUGUGAUUGACUACUACUCCAAGCAUGGCUUAGUUGCAAAUCUUCAUGCGGAGAAACCGCCAAAGGAAGUGACCGCUGAGGUGCAGAAAGCCCUUUCGUAAAGCGCCCAUUUCACCUUGAAAAUGACAUUACCAAGACCCUUUGUCUGGGUUUCCUGGAAGCAAUAAACUGGUACCGCAUAGUAGCGUUUUUAUUUUCCGUAUGCCAUGUGUGCGAUUGCACCAUAUUGUUACAGCUUUUGCAAGCUCGGGAUUGGUCUGAACAGUUUUAGCGGUACAGAGAUGAUUACAGCAACUCACCCUUACAAAAUUUUCCUCGCCAUGUGGUUUUACUUCUUGUGAUUAUGCCUUUGUUUCAUCUUU